AUUUUUAUUUACACUUAUUUAUAUCCUUAAAUAAAAUGGAGGUUACGCAAAAUCUAGAAGAUGGCGUUAAGAACAAAGAAGGGCCAGAUUAUAACUUGCAAGGUGGAAAGGCAAUGGCAAGUGUUGAAGCAGGGGAGGAGAUAGUUAUUUCAGGUAUGUCCGGAGUUUUCCCUAAUUCCAAUAAUAUUCACGAAUUUAGGGAUAAUUUAUACAACAAGGUCAAUAUGGUGUUGCCAAAUAGAAGGUGGGAUCUAAUUCACCCAGAAAUUCCUCCUUGUUCAGGCACUAUUCCAGAUAUUGAACAGUAUGACCGUGGAUUCUUUGGUAAGUGCAAAAAGUUUCAGUAAUUGAUAUCCAAUGAAAUAACUUUAUAUAAAAUGUUUAGG